CUUUGAUUCUCUCCCGGAGGUUGAUCUGGAGGCGCGACUUUGCUUGCCCACUGCCCGCAUCGCCGCCUGCCCUUAUCCUUUAUAACUGCUUUGCUUCCCACCCUCAUCAACGCUUUCCCUUUUCUCCUUUUUUCAUCCAUCGUCAACCCAGCUUUCCAUCGCAUUCAUCUCUCACGUCCAUUGAGACUUCAUCUCACACAACACUUCCACUUUUUCAAAAACCAAACUCACAAACCUCAUUCAAAAUGACUGGCGGCAAAUCUGGCGGCAAGGCCUCUGGCUCCAAGAACGCUCAAUCCCGAUCCUCGAAGGCCGGUCUCGCUUUCCCUGUCGGUCGUGUCCACCGUCUCUUGAGAAAGGGCAACUACGCUCAGCGUGUCGGUGCCGGUGCUCCCGUCUACCUCGCUGCUGUCUUGGAAUACCUGGCUGCUGAAAUCCUCGAGUUGGCUGGCAACGCCGCUCGUGACAACAAGAAGACCCGUAUCAUCCCCCGUCAUCUCCAGCUCGCCAUCCGCAACGAUGAGGAGUUGAACAAGCUGUUGGGUCACGUCACAAUCGCCCAAGGUGGUGUCCUGCCCAACAUUCACCAGAACCUCCUGCCAAAGAAGACCGCCAAGGGCAAGGCCGCAGGUAGCCAAGAGAUAUAAACAUGUCUUUUCUGGUUUCUGGCUUGGUUUACAUGGGAGUUUCAUGACAAUGUGAUCACACGGGGUUCUGGGGUUGGGCUGGCCGGGUCAAUUGGCCUUUUCAGAAUUUGCUUUCACGGUUAUGGUUGUACAUUAUGCCCAUGCAUGCCUAUCAUCAUCAUGAACAUGGAUAGGAAUGCGAAAGGGGCAUGAGAAAUGUGCUGGCAAGGCGAGUCAAUGAGCUUUGCAACGAAAGCUGUGUUGAUGAAGAGCAAAUUCAUGAUCCACAGACAAUGGCAAAUCAUCACCAAACA